AGAGAAAGAAAGAAAAGAAGUGGAGAGGAAAUGAAUUGGGAAGAAAAGAAAAGAGUGUGAGAGAGAGAGAGAAAGGAAAGGAGAGUCGGCGCCCCAUGUCCCCGCCGACCAAUCAUAACGUCGUUUUCAACCUCAUCACCCUUCUCUUCCCGUGUCGUUUAAUCUUCUCUCCUCUAUUCAAUAAUCAAUAGCAUUUCUUCUUAAAUCUUAAAACCCUAUCCCUUUCUCUCUCUCUCGGGUUCUUCCGAUUUAUAUUUUUUCCCAAAUACGGAAGACCUCCUCCCUCUAACUUACUUUUCAUUUCAAUUCCUUCAGUUUCCCUCAAUUUCUUCUUUCAGGGUUAUUCCUUAAAAAAAAAAGAACAAACAUUUCUCUUUCUUUCUCUCUUUUUAAUUCCGGUAAUUAUGAGGGCGGCGGUUGAAGGAUCCUUGGCUGAGAGGUUUGACGACGGCGAAAAGGAGAAGAAGAAGAAGCGCCGAUCCAAUCGUCGAUCCAAGCAAAACCCUCCCUCAUCUUCAGCAUCUGAAGUGAAUGAGGCCCAGGGUGUGUCGCCGGAUUCAGGAAAAAAUGGAACAGCUGCUCAUGCUUCUGCAUCCUUGAGCAGUUCACUGAAGCAGGUCAAUGUGUGUUCUCCUAAUGAGCAAGGAUUUUCCAAAGCGUCAAAUGUCGCUUUUAUUUCAAUGCCCCCCAUGCAUAUCAAUGAGCAAGUGGAACAUGGUGAUUUGCGUUUCGUGCCAAUGCAUGGUGGAGGAGUUGAAUCAAAAUCGUUUUCUGAGCCCACUGGUUGUAGAGGGUCAUCAGGAACUAAUAAAAACAAGGACUCAGUCCCUUGUGGUCAGAUUGGGUUUUGUGCCCAGAAAAAUUAUUUUAGUCCACACUGGUCCGUAGAGGCUGUUGAGAAGGCAUCAGAGAAGGGCGAUGUUUUUAAUGCUCUCUUUCAUGUCAAUGCUCACAAUAAACAUGAGGCCUACUGCAAAAUUGAUGGAGUGUCAACUGAUAUUCUUAUUGGUGGGAUUCCAGCCCAAAAUAGAGCUGUGGAAGGUGAUAUUGUUGCGGUUAAGAUUGAUCCCUUGCCAUUAUGGACAAAAAUGAAAGGACCAAACGGGUCAUGUAAUAACACUGCAACACAGGAGGGUAGCAAUCUUACAGAAGAUAAUGAAGAGGGUGGUAAUAUUUGUAAAGGGAAAGCUAAGGUAGAUGCUGAUUAUGAGUCAGUCCAUUGCAGAAGCUAUCCUGGUCAAAUCAAGGAAGAUGCUGAUCAAAACUCCUCCAAUAGAAGUUAUCCUUCUCCUGAAAAAAGAUUAGUUUACGAGGAUAAUACCUCCCGGGGUUCUACUAACCAUUUAGAUGUACAUGGAAUGAUCAGCCAUGACAGCAUUAAUGGACAUCACUGUGCUGCUCCUGAUUCCUUAAAGAUCAAUUCUUGUAGUGGACAUAGUGAAAUAGUUAAUGCAGUGGAAAAAUUAUGUUUGUUGGUUAAUUCUUUUCCUUCUAAAAGACCAACUGGCAGGGUGGUUGCUAUUAUUGAGAGAUCUCCACGUCGAGAGGGUAUUGUUGGUCACCUAAAUGUGAAGCAGUGGGUUCCUUUCAGGGACAUAAGCAAAAAGGAUGUGAAGAAGAAUAAGAAUUUGAUUUCUGAGCAUGAAUAUAUCCAGCUGAUACCAAUUGAUCCAAAGUUUCCAAUUAUGAUGCUUCCUGUUAGAAAGUUACCUGAGUGUAUUAAGAAAAGGCUGAAAAGUGGCGAUGUGACAAUGGAAAUGGAUCUGGUAGCUGCACAAAUUGAUAAUUGGGUUGAAGAAAGUCCUUUUCCUGAGGCUCACGUCUUCCGUGUUUUUGGACGUGGUGGUGAAGUACAGUCCCAAUUAGAUGCAAUUUUGUUUCAGAAUGCAAUCUGUUUGUCUGAAUUUCCACCAGAAGCUCUGUCCUGUUUGCCAUGUGUUCCUUGGGAGGUGCCGCUGAAGGAAAUUCAGAGUAGAAUAGACCUUAGAAAUAUGUGCAUAUUUACUAUUGAUCCUUCAACUGCCACUGAUCUGGAUGAUGCUCUGUCAAUUGAGAAGUUACCUAAUGGAAAUUAUAGAGUAGGUGUGCACAUUGCUGAUGUGUCAUAUUUUGUUUUACCUGACACAGCCUUAGAUAGUGAGGCCCAGCGUAGGUCAACAAGUGUCUAUAUGUUGCAAAGGAAGUUACCAAUGUUGCCUGCAUUAUUGUCAGAGAAUAUUGGUUCACUUAGUCCUGGAGUGGAUCGACUUGCGGUUUCCAUGCUAUUGGAUAUAAAUCUUGCAGGGGAUGUUGUAGACUGCUGGAUUGGUCGAACUGUUAUACAUUCUUGUUGUAAGCUUUCAUAUGAACAUGCUCAGGACAUCAUUGACAGGGCUUUUGAUUUUGAAGGUUCAAACUUUAUUGAAGAUGGUUAUCCUAGAGUGUACGGCCAUUUUGAAUGGCCUGAUGUUAUUAAGUCUUUGAAGAGUCUUUAUGAAAUUUCAAAUGUUUUGAAACAGAAGAGGUUUACUGAUGGGUCUCUACGGCUUGAAAACCCCAAAAUUGUUAUCUUGUUUAAUGAAGAUGGAGAUCCUUAUGAUAGUAUGCUUUCUGAAAGAAAAGAGUCUAAUUUUCUUGUUGAGGAAUAUAUGCUGUUGGCCAAUAGAAUUGCAGCUGAAGUUAUAUGUAGAGCUUAUCCUGAUGGCGCAUUGUUGCGGAGGCAUCCUGAACCUAAUAUGCGGAAGCUGAGAGAGUUUAUGGCAUUUUGUCAGAAGCAUGGUUUAGAUUUGAACACAUCUUCUUCUGGUCAGUUCCAUUGGUCGUUAGAGCAGAUCCGGGAAAAGCUCAAAGGUGAUCCUGUGCUUUAUAAUAUACUUAUUUCUUUUGCUACAAGACCAAUGCAGUUGGCAUCUUACUUCUGUAGUGGAGAUUUAAAGGGCAGCGAAAAUGAAUGGGGUCAUUAUGCUUUGGCUGUCCCAUUUUACACUCAUUUUACAUCACCUUUGCGUCGAUAUCCGGAUAUUAUUGUUCACCGAACACUACUGGCUACUAUAGAGGCUGAGGAAUUAUAUAUGAAGCAUUACAAGGGAGUGAAAGUGCAAAAAAGAUGUUUCACAGGCAUUAAUUUUGAUAAAAAUGCUGCAGAAUCCAUAGAAGGUAGGGAAGCACUAUCAGCUGCAGCUGAGAAGCAUAGUGUUCCAUGUGCUGAAAUACUUGCAGAUAUUGCUGCUUAUUGCAAUGAGAGAAAGCUAGCUAGUAGAAAUGUUAAGGAUGCCUGUGAUAAACUUUACAUUUGGUUUCUCCUGAAGAAAAAGGAGGUCUUAUUGUCUGAAGCAAGAAUACUGGGACUGGGCCCAAGAUUCAUGUCAAUUUAUAUUCAAAAGCUAGCUAUUGAGCGGCGCAUAUAUUAUGAUGAAGUUGAAGGCUUGACUGUGGAGUGGCUCGAGACUACAUCCACUUUGGUGCUCAGCAUGUGUAAUAAUAGGUGUGCAUUUAGGAAGGGCAGCUCUAACAAGUGGAGGGCAUUUGAAGAAGUUGCAUUGCUUACUUGUCCAUAUAACCUGAAAGUUACCAUGGAUAAUUCUAAAGUAAGUGAUGCAAAAGUGGAUGAUAGUAUAUCUGUCUUGGACAGGGAGCCCAUUUCAGGAUCAGACUCGGUGGAAACUGAAAUUGACCCUGCUGUUUUUCCACUAACAGUCCGUGUUCUUUCAACAAUUCCAGUCGCACUUCAUGCUGUUGGUGGUGAUGACGGGCCCCUCGAUAUUGGAGUGAGGCUGUACAUGAGCUCCUAUUUUGGGUGAGUUGGUAGUUUUGAGGUGGCAGAUCCAGUUUGCAACCAAAGAUUGUGGUGUGAUGAAUCUGUCGAUUUCUAUUAAUGGAAUGGAGUUGGCUCCAUUGUGGAAUAGUGUAUAGUUCCGACAUAGGUGGGAAAAUUACAUGGUCUAAAUUUGCUAAUGUUCUAUAAACCUGUUUAAAACUGAGAUUUGGGAGUAGGUGUGUAGAUAAAAGCAGAAGGUUGUGUUAUAGCUUUGGCCUGGCUGGCCUGUUUCUAACAGAACCUUCGUACUGGAAUUGGCGCUUGUUUUUGUUGGCCCGUUCCAUCUACUUAGUAUGUGCAACGUAUUUGGUUUCCUUAUAGAGGCUGAGAUGCCAAUUCAUACUUUCGUUCUAUUUUGGUUUGACUGCAGCCCAAUAAAUUUUUUGAUUUUGGGUGGCCACUUGUACUCGUAAUUUGGUUUCUGCAACAUUUAUGUACGUUACUUUCUGACUUUGGUGAACGGUGAAAUGGAAUGAUCUUUCUUGUUACA